CGGCGAACAUCCAUAAAAACUGUGCUCCCCCUUCACCAUCCCCCGGUGCAUACAUUCGUACUAGAAACACAAAGAAAUGCUCGCUCAAGAGAAGAACAGCAGCCUGAGGCAGGUGACGGUCUCCGCCCCCGUCAACAUCGCCGUCGUCAAAUACUGGGGCAAGCGGGAUACCUCGCUCCUGCUGCCGACCAACUCCUCCCUCUCCCUCACACUCUCCCAAGACGACCUUCGCUCAACCACCACCGUCCGCGCCGACCCCAGCUUCACCUCCGACCGCUUGUGGCUCAACGGCAAAGAGGAGAGCGUGCCCGAUAACAAACGCACCAGCCAUGUGUUGCGUGAACUCCGCGCUUUGAGGAAGGAAUUGGAGGCAAAGGACGCUACCUUUGAACGUCUAUCGAACCUGAGCCUGCAUAUCUGCUCCGAGAACAACUUCCCCACCGCCGCGGGACUGGCAUCCAGCGCGAGUGGGUUUGCGGCCUUGACGUUCGGGAUCGCCCACGCCCUGGACGUCGCGGACAAGAUCUCCAUCUCCCACCUCUCCCGCCUCGCUCGUCUGGGCUCCGGCUCCGCAUGCAGGAGCUUGUUUGGCGGGUUUGUGGCCUGGAAGCAGGGUGAAGCCGCCGACGGGUCCGAUUCCGUCGCCGAGCAGGUCGCCGACGCCGCGCACUGGCCUGACAUGGAAGCGUUGGUCCUUGUCGCGUCCGAUGCGCGCAAGACCGUGCCCUCUACGGCCGGCAUGCAGGCCACGGUGGAGACGUCGGAGCUGCUACAGGAGCGCAUAAAGCAGGUGCCGAAGCGGAUGGAGGACAUGAAGGCCGCGAUCCACAACAAGGACUACGAUGCCUUCGCGGAACUGACCAUGCGGGAUUCCAACCAGUUCCAUGCCGUGUGCCUGGACACUUUCCCGCCAAUCACCUACCUCAACGACGUCUCGCGCGCGGUCAUCCACCUCAUCACGACGUACAACAGUCUGUUUACCGAUGGAAGCGCUGGUACGGGCAGGAAGGGGUAUCGCGCGGCGUAUACGUUUGAUGCGGGACCGAACGCGGUGCUGUAUGUGAGAAAGGAGCAUGUGCCGGAGAUCUUGGCCCUCGUCAACCACUUUUUCCCGCCACCGACGGCCGCUGAAGAGAAGAAGGCGUAUCUGGGCCGCGCGGCUACCUUUGCGGGCGAGGAAGAUGCGGCGGCUCUGAAAAAGGCGAUAGAGCAGAUCAAGAUGGCUCCGUUGGAGCAGGGCAGUCUGAAGCGUAUCAUUAGCACUAGCAUAGGCGAUGGACCCCGAAUUCUCGGCUGGGGCGUGGAAAAUGCUCUCCUCGGUGAAAACGGCCUGCCAAAGUCUGCAUAACCCCUCUUAGACAUCUAUACUACAUCAAUUGACACUGGAUAUCGUAUGUAACAUGAAUCCCAACCGCUAUAUAUAUAUAUAUAUAUAUAUAUAUACAGGGGCCAAUA